AUGGCGGCGUCCGAUCUCCCCGACGAGCUGUGGGCGCGCAUCCUGGAGCUCGGCGCCGCCUCCGCCGCGCUGGGGUUCCGCGACCUCUGCUGCCUCGCCAUCGCCUCCCGCCGCCUUCGCCGCCUCUCCCUCCACCCCUCGCUCUGGUCGAGCCUCCUCUCCCGCGACUUCCCCUCCCAAUCCCAAUCCCAAUCCCAGCCCUCCUCCUCUUCGCAGCAGCUGCAGCUCGACCCCAAAUCCCUCUACAAAACCAAGUUCGAGAGGCACAAGCUGCGGAUGGCCGAGGCGAGGCGGCGGGCAGUGUACGAAGCGGAGGGGCGGCUGCUGGCGUGCCGGAAGCGGCUGACGGAGCUGGAGGGGAGUAUCCGCGCGGAGGGGGAUAGGAUGAAGGCCGCCGCGCAGGAGCUGGACAACCUCGAGAGGGUCAGGAGAGCUUCUGUGGCAUUAAACGUGUGGCAACCACAAGUAGUUCGUGGGCGCCAGAAACAGUUGGUUCAGCAAUGCACUGUUCCUGUUGAUUCUCGUCUUAGUGAUCUACGCAUGGAGCUGAAAGUUUGUAAGCAACAAAUAGCAACUUACAAGAACGUUUACAACAAGGAGAAGCUGAAGCUGAACGAGUUUGAGGAAGCACUGAGACGAGCGAAAUAUCAUCCGCUGCAGAAUAGUAGUCAUACAAGCUCAACUGUCAAUGAACCUCAAGCGAAGAGGAAGAGGCUGAAGUAA